AUGGGUCAAGAUAAUAAGAAGGUAAACUGUAAUAAGUAAAGUAGGGUAAUGUUUUGUAAGGACCGAUUUUAAAAUAGGAAUCAAAUUAUAAAAAAGGAAACAAGAUCCGAUUGCAAUUGAAAGACAUCCAAAAAUAUUGA